AUGGAUCGCUCUUUGGUGUUUCUUCAUCGACUGUCGAAAAAGAAAUCCAAAAUAUGGAGCAAUAUGCUGUCAUUUCUUCGUUUGAGAAGUAAGAAUUAUGCAAUAGACAAAGUAGUAUCUUCUGAUUGGAACUGGGUGGAUCCAUUGCCACUGCCAUAUAGUGUUCUUUCAGAAGCUACUAAUGGCUUUUCUUCCAGAAAUUUGAUCGGCCUUGGUAGUUUUGGGUCCGUUUACAAAGCAGCUCUUGAUGAAGAUUACUUCUUUUCGGCCAAGUAUGUUAGAGUUCAUCUUGUUGCUGUGAAGGUGUUUAAACUGUCACACCGUGGAGCUUUGACGAGUUUCGUAACCGAAUGCAACGUCUUAAGAUAUAUAAGACAUCGAAAUGUGGUCAAGAUUUUAACUGCAUGUUCUAGUGUCGAUUUUUAUGGUAAGAACUUCAAAGCUCUGGUGUAUCAGUACAUGGAGAAGGGGAGCUUAGAGGAAUGGUUGCAUCCAACUUCUGGAACACAACAGGCUAAUAAGUAUUUAAAUCUCUAUCAGAGGCUCAGCAUAGCAAUUGAUGUCGCUUGUGCGCUAGAUUAUCUUCAUAAUCACGUCGAAAGUCCAAUAGUUCAUUGUGAUAUCAAGCCAAGCAAUGUUCUUCUAGACAAGGAGUUUACUGCACAUAUAUCUGACUUUGGACUAGCAAGGUUUCUCUCAAGAACGGAAAAUGAUUCUGCAAUCGGCUUAAGAGGAACUGUUGGUUAUGCCGCACCAGGUAGCAUAUAUGUUCUUCACUGUUGCUGA